AUGAAUGGGGAUAUGGAUGAUCCAACUCCAGAUCAACAGCACUUUCUAGAUGCAAUGAGUAUCAUGCAGCAGUUUGGAACUACCACGCCCACUCAUGUUACUCGGCAGACUACAGGCGCUCGUCGGGCUACCAGACGCAACCAAUCCGCUCCUUCCUCGCCACCAACACCAAAUUCAAAUGGAGCUGCGCCAUCCAUUGACGACGGAAACGGAUCAAUGCCGUAUAGAACAAUGUUGAAUCCUUCUAGUCGUCAUCCCCUAGCUCAGGAAAUGUCAUUCGAUGAGCAAACCGCUGCCGCUGCUCUUCGUAUCAACACGGCGAGAAACGCAUACCAUGCUCCUCCAUCAACAGCAUAUUACACCCCGAAAAUGGAAGAUAGUCCCAUGGCCUCCCCGCAAGUAGUCACCAGCGAUCGGCUGGAAGAGCAUAAAUCUACUAUAUUGAACGAGACCAAGAACGUAUCGUCGUUCGUAGUCAUUGGGCAAACGCUGCACAAACUCUAUUACGAUGACAAGCUGAUGAAGACGCAGAAAGAGUUUCUCAGUUGGACUAAAGCUAAUUUGGGAUUCUCAAAGUCAACCACGUACGAGUAUAUCAUAUCUUAUAGAGUCUACUCGUCCAUCGCAAAUGCACUGCCACCACAAUAUAGACCACCCGCAUAUCAGUCUCAUUGUCAGCUGCUAGCAAAAGUACCACCGAAAAAGCUACUAGAAACGUGGAUUAGUGUGUGUCAGGAGGCUCCCAAUGGCACCAUCACAACCGCAUACCUCGAAAAUUAUUUGGAUCGACACAACUUGCUGGGUACAAAAAAGGAAAAGGGAGAGAAAGGAGAUAAAGACGGAAUGGAGUUAGACUCUCCAUCGGUGUCUAUGCCUGGUGGUAUGGCUGGAAUACCAGACAUCCUCCACAAUAAUGUAAAUCGAGCCAGAGAAUCACCUGGACCAUCAUCAGCAUUUGGAAAAGAAGUAGAUACUCCACCACCAACUCCCAAUUCUCCGCUUACGCCAAGUCUUCCCAUAAACGAAGCUCUAGUCUUUGAACUUGGGAAGAAUGCCAUGACUGCCAAGACAUACGAUACGGUCUUGCAAACAAUGGCAGAUUAUACACAGGCUGAGACUACGAGAUGGUCUGGACGGCUCUUUGCCAAUAUGACGAUGCUCAAGCCUAUUUCGACUGCAUCCUUGUAUGGUGGUGAUGCUGCUGUUGCUGUGUUGAGAGAUUAUCACGGGUUUGAUGGCGGUUUGGAACGGAUAUUGCAUAUUGUUACUGCGAAAUUCCAGGCUAGAGAGUUUACAGAAGCACUCUUCUUGCUAAAGGCUGAAUUUGGAGCUGAUUGGUUUGCAAAGACGGUCCUGAAGCAACCGUAUUGUGUUAUACACCACACCACACCUCCACAAGUCAAUGGUAGGACAGGUCCACCACCUGCAAAAAAACAGCGAAAGUCUAGCAACUUGACUACCAUUCUGACUCGAGUGAAUGCCAUACCAGCAUUCGAAUCAUAUGUUGCCUUUUACGUUGGUCCACACGUAGAGGCAUUUACUACAUCGUUUGCUGCUAUUGGUAGUGUACCUGGUGCGAAUAGCUGGACCAAUCCAGGUCUAAAUCCAAUAGUUUUGACAAAGAAUGUAGUCAACCCAUCCGCUCCCACUCCGUCACCCGUAGUGUCAUCAGCCGCUUCGACACCUACAUCAGCACCUACCUCAAGUUUUCCACCUUCAGCUCGAACUUCAUUGAGUUCUGAAUUCAGUGAAGCAACAGGAGCUGGAGCACCGGCUGUUGGUAGAUCACAGUCAUCAUCGUCUGAACCGCCUGCAUCAUCGGCAAUGCAGAAUCAGAUGUCGUCAGAUUUGGUGGCUUCGUUGGCACAACAUCAACAGGCGCAUCUUAAACAUGAAGCUGCAGUCGCUAUUGCCGCACAUAAUGCGGCUAAUGCUCGUGCUGCUCAGGCUGCUAUGGAUGUGGUCAAUACACAGCACUAUGCUCAUCAAGCUAUAAGUGCUGCUAAUGGUGCUUUUGUACCAGCCCAUUCAUUGCUGUCAAACGUGGAAGUAGUGCCUGCUGCUAAUUAUCUGCAGCCUGCAAUGGUACCACAACCUCAAAACCAGUCUGAAAUGGCUGUAUUAUUAAAUCAUCAGGCAGCCCAACAACAUGCUGCGGCAGCACAGCAGCUCUUGAAUGAAUUGGCUGCUCAAAAUACUUUUGUAGCAGCAGCAGCUGUCUCAUCAGCUCCAGUAGUACCAUUGCCAACUCCUGCUGUGGAAUCGGCUAUGGCUACUGCCAGUGCUAUUGCCCAGCAACACCAACAGCAGACUCUGGCUAGUCAUGUAUUGUUGCAGGAGACUGCUUCUGGAUUGCUGCAAUCCAUUCAAGCUCAAAGUAUCCAGCAACAGUCCAUUCAACAACAGCAGCAAAAUAUUCAACAGCAGCAAACAAUUCAACAACCGCAAAACAUUCAGCAACAGCAAGUCCAACAACAGCAACAGCAAAAAGAUUCCUCGCAAACAAUACCAUCGCCAGCAGCAAAACAGCCCAUCAUGCAGCAACAACAACAGCAGGCACCUCUCAGCCUCCAAUCAAUCGAAUCACCACCAACCUUUCCUGUUGUAGCAAACCUACAAAACAGUGAUCGGAAAGUAAAGGCUGGAUCACCAGCACCUUCCUUCCCAACACUACCAGGACCAGCACCGUCAAUGGUACCCGCAACUCCAGUAGUAACAACAACGGUCGUACCUGUAACCGUCCAGCCACCUGUAGUAUCCCAACAACCACCUGUAGUAGCUGUAGUCCCCGUUACGGUAAUCCCAGCAACAGUCGCAACCUCCGACUUGCCUGCUCAUACCCUAGUAGCUCAAGCGCUACAACAAACGCAACAGCAGCAAGCUGCACAGGUCCAACAGACUAUAACGCAAGUGGCUGCUGCUGAAUUGGAGAGGUUGCAAGGUGCUUUGGCUGGGACGAGUAGCAAUCAACCAAGUCCCGUAGCAGCUCCCGUUCAACAAGCAGCACCUCCACAACCUGCCUUCGCAGUUGCCACGACGAUGCCUAGCCCAUCGUCAUCGUCUGUCCCAACACCACCACCAAUGACUCCAGCUUCGACAUUAGGUACUCCGACACUGCCUGUUAUGCAACAACAAAGUGUUGUCGCACCAGUGUCCAACAAUCCACCAUCAGCUACAUCGACUGCUUUGGCCAUGCUGGGAGUUCUCAGUGAAGCCAGAUGA